CUCUGUGCUCUGGGCUCUUACGGUUGGACCUGCCAGGCCGGUGCCUCAGUCCUUCAACUAGAUCAAACCAUGACUAUCAUCCUGCAAAAUGUGUGGAAUGAUACCGAUCUGUGGUUAUGGUUUGGGGAUGACUAUGGUAAUUUCAGCGACAUACCACCCACAGGAACAUCUUACAGUCCCUGUAGUGUGGACCCUGAGACACUCAACAAGUAUGCUGUGGUUGUCAUCUACGCCCUGGUCUUCCUGCUGAGCCUGCUGGGAAACUCCCUGGUGAUGCUGGUCGUCUUAUACAGCCGGAUUGGCCGCUCUGUCACUGAUGUCUACCUGCUGAACCUGGCCAUGGCCGACCUGCUCUUCGCCUUGACCUUGCCUAUCUGGGCCGCCUCCAAGGCAAAGGGCUGGACCUUUGGCACAGUCCUGUGCAAGCUGGUCUCGCUCCUGAAGGAAGUCAACUUCUACAGCGGUAUUCUACUGCUGGCCUGCAUCAGCGUGGACCGCUACCUGGCCAUUGUCCAUGCCACACGCACACUGACCCAGAAGCGGCACUGGGUCAAGUUCAUAUGCUUGGGCAUCUGGAUCCUGUCCUUCAUCCUGGCCCUGCCCGUCUUCCUCUUCCGCAAGGCCAUCUCCUCUCCCUAUUCUGGCCCAGUCUGCUACGAGGACAUGGGCACCAACACAACAAAAUGGCGGAUGGUGAUGCGGGUCCUGCCCCAGACCUUCGGCUUCCUCGUGCCACUGCUGGUCAUGCUGUUCUGCUACGGUCUCACCCUGCGCACGCUGUUUCAGGCCCACAUGGGGCAGAAGCACCGGGCCAUGCGGGUCAUCUUUGCUGUCGUGCUCGUCUUUCUGCUCUGCUGGCUGCCCUACAACCUGGUCCUGGUCUCAGACACCCUCAUGAGGCUCCAGGUCAUCCAGGAGACCUGUGUGCGUCGCAAUGACAUUAACCGGGCCCUGGACGCCACCGAGAUUCUGGGCUUCUUCCACAGCUGCCUCAAUCCCCUCAUCUACGCCUUCAUUGGCCAGAAGUUUCGCCACGGACUCCUCAGGAUCAUGGCCAUCCACGGCCUGGUCAGCAAGGAGUUCUUGGCCAAGGACAGCAGGCCUUCCUUUGUGGGCUCUUCUUCAGGGAACACUUCUACCACGCUCUAGGGCGCCCCGCCCCUGUGGCAGCCCCUCAGGACUCCUCCCUUCCCCUCAGCAUCCCAUUCCAAGCCUCACGGCCACUGGCUGCUCACAGUCUCCGGGUCAAGGAGCCGCCAUCGUGGCUACAGGAAGUUCCGAGGCCACGUGCUUCCCGGGUGCCCACUGUGUGGCUUAGAAAGCCUGCCCUGGUGCCCCAGCCCUGCCAGAAUUGCUGUGUCUGCUGCCAGAGCUCUGUCCGCCCAUCCGCUGAGCCCACAGCACUCUGUCUUCUGAGACAUUUGAAAGACGUUCUUUCAAGUGACUACAAAACCUUCCUGCCACUGGGAGCCAUCAGUGGUGACACCAUCAGUGCCUCCCCAGCUCUCCCUUUGCCGCCUGCUUGCCCGGUCCAGCUCCCUUGAGAGAGGCCGAGAAUGACAGAUGCUCACUUUCCAAGACCCCGUUAAGCUAGGAGUGGCCGUAUCACCCCGUUCUGACUAACAGUGUGCUGGUAAACUCCACUUCUGGGGAAAAUGUCGUGAUCUGCAGCGUUCGCCAAGUUCCCUGGUAUAAAUGCUGCCACCAUGGCCAUUUGAAGGGUGGUGGUGUUUAGUAAUCAGCUCACAAAAUUCUAGAGAAUGUAAUAAUCUGCUUUCCUAAGCAGAUACAAACCGGCUUCAGUGCACCAUUGCUUAAGAAGAAGUCUGCUGGGGCUGGGGGACUCCUGAGAAAUAUUCCUGAUUAAAAAGAGAGAGAGACACACACAUAUAUUCCUGGUCCCUGCCUUUGAAUAUUGUUAUAGGAUGUGAUAUGUGGAGCUGAGGCAGCCACUUUGUGACAAUGAGGCUGAUAGAGCCAAAGGAUGAAAAGAACUUGAGAAUAAAGAGCCCAGAAAUAAACCUAAGCAUAAAUUGUUAAAUGAUUUUC